AGCGCAAAGUAACUCUGCUGCUGCUGUUUCUAAUGUGAUGACAGCUGAUUCUACCGAGACCCACUCAGGAUCGCCGUGUCACUUUCCACUGUCAACAUGUUUCCUGGAGUUUUACGACAGAAAAAAGACACUUUAAACCACGCGUGAUGCCUCCACGUACCGCUCCGAAGCUAAGUGAAGAGUAGCUGCUGAAAAAAGUUGUAUCGCGGAGGAAAAGCAGCUCCUCCGCCACCUACCAACCACAUCACCAGGCUCCAGAAGUUGGAUAUCUAGUCUGACUGGAUAUAACGUCCUCAACACAGGUUUUCCACGCUGCUUUACAGGUUAUGAGUAAUGGAAGCGGGAUCAGUGGUGCGUGCAGUGUUUGAGUUUCUCCCCAGCGUCUCGGAGGAGCUGCCUCUCUUCACCGGAGAUGUCAUUGAAGUACUCAGUGUAGUGGAUGAGUUCUGGUUACUUGGUAACAAAGAUGGUGUCACAGGUCAGUUUCCCAGUACCUUUGUGGAAGAGGUUACUAUUCCCAGUACCAAGCCUGGAGACAGACUCUUUGUGUGCAUCAGUGAUUUUAACUCAUCAGAGCCUGGAAGCCUGUCCCUGAAGAGAGGGGAUGUGGUAGUUGGAGAACCAGCAGGGUCCAUAGACCUCGGGGAAGCCUGGCAGCGUGGCUGUAAUGCCUGGGGUGUCCGAGGCUUCUUCCCCACAUCAUGCGUGAAGGAGCUGAACCUUUCAGGCCGCUCUCGGCAGCUGUCGGAACGUUCAGCACAGGCCCAGGCGUUAGAGCUCCCCCCUUAUGCCCUUGGUCAGGCCAGGGCCCUUAUGAACCUCCAUGCACAGCUCAACGAGGAGCUGGACUUCCGUGAGGGAGACUUGAUCAUUAUUAUCGGCCUGCCUGAGCCGGGCUGGUUCCAGGGGGAACUAGAGGGCCGACGUGGAAUCUUUCCAGAAGGAUUUGUAGAACUUCUAGGUCCUCUCCGUUCUCCUCAGGAACCAGUGGAUUGUCAGUAUUUAAACAACGAAUCUGAACAAUUUAAUUAUGAGGACGCUUAUGAUGUAGGAGAGGGGACUGAAGAGGAAGGUGUGGAGGAAGGGGAGGUUUUUGUGACAGACAUAGAGGAGCAGAAAGACACUGUAGUAGAAGAAGAAAAGGAGGAGGAGGGAGGUAUUUAUGGAGUGGCACUAUAUGAGUUUCGUGCUAUGGAACCUGGUGAGUUGGACUUUGAUGUAGGGGAUCGUAUACGUGUUCUAAGUACUUUAGAGGACGGCUGGCUUGAAGGUGAGCUGAGGGGACAACGUGGUAUUUUUCCUCAUCGUUUUGUCAAAAUAGAAGAUGACAGGCCAAACAUUGAUGCAGAACCAAAUGUUGUUGAGCCAGAAGAAGAAAAGCAGGACUGCUGCCCCUCAGAAUACAGCUCAGAUCACACAGUUCCCAACGGAUCAGAGAACGAACCUACAUGGAGGACGUAUGAGGAUCACACAGUGUGGGACCUGGACUACUUUGAGAAGACAGAGGAGCACAAGUGGCAAAGUGAAAGCAAAAAUCAAACUAAUAACAACAGAGGGCAAAGAGAGGAGGUUAACAGGCCUGACUCUCAGUCACGUAGACCUGUAGGUCCAGGACACAGAAGGCCAGAGAGACCCAAAUCCACUCCACCAGCGAGGCCUAGACUUCCACCUCGACCAAACUUGCCCACACAUAGCAACAGGUACAAUCAUGGUAGCCCAUCAUCUAACACAAAUCGAUCUAACUAUCCGAAUAGUAACACACGAAACCUGCAGCCGAAACUUACUCAUAGCCUCACUCUUCCUGGCUGGUCUAAAGAGAACAGAUACCACCAGAGGCCAUCAGUGGACGGCAGCACCCCUACGAACAAAAGCACUAGUCUUGGUCAGGCCUUAUUUAGCCUUGUUGACCGUCAUAAGCAGGCAAGACUAACUCGUCAUGGAAGUGUCAGUGAUGCAGAUCUGAUGAUGGGAAGAGCGGACACUCUGCCACGUUCCCAUCAGACAGUGCGUGGCUCUAAUGGCACAAUGCUAACCUCGACCAGCGACUUGGAAGCCAAGCUAUGCCAGCAGCUCUUUGAAUUUGAGAAAAGCUUGACUUCCUUGAGUGAUAAUGCCAUGAAUUCAGGUACUUUAAGGGACAGGUUGUCAGAAGGUGACCUAAGCAGCCAGUCCCAUAUCUCACGGCACUUUUCUAUUUUGGAUUACAGUGAUGAAAGCGAUAUAAUUCGAGGGUCCGCACAUUCACCUGUAUCCCAUCUUGUGCAGUCUAUCUCCACCUCCUCAUUAGAAAGGCGCAGGACUUUACGCCCCCCUCCUCCCCGUCCAAGAGUUGUUCGUCCUGCAGCUCCAGCGCCGUACAAACCAGCCCGCCCUGCUCCACGUCCCCCUCCUCGAUGCCCAAGACAAAAUACUGCUCCUCAGGGUGGCAGCUCCCUUACUAACAACCCCAUCUUCUACACACCUGAUGAGCAAACUAUGCAUAUCCUUGACCAGGCAGCAGAAGGACAGACUGAGUUUGGUGAUCUCGCAUCAGACCAGGAACAGGAAAUCCAACAGCAGCUGGAAGCAGAGAAAGAGCUGGAGAGAGAGAUGGAGUUGGAGAGUCAGAGACAGAGGGAAGAGGAGGAGAGGUACCAGCUGUUACUGCGGCUACAAGAAGUGGAACAUGACAUGGAGGCAUAUGCACACACAGCAGAGGAACUCAGGACCAUGUUGGAGGAGGAAGAAGAUGAGACGGCUCGCCUGCAGGCCCUGGAGAAUCUGGAGUUCUGCAACUACACGCUGGAGACGCUGGCCCUGGAGCAGCAGCAGCUACAAGAGAUGACCCUCCUGUCGUCCCAACCCAAGCCUUCAGAUUCUACUCCGGUCUCAGACACGACCCAGACAGCGAGCACUGGCGCCGAAGACCCUGAAGUUAGGAUGUUAGAGAAGAGGUCAAAGGUCAUAGAGGAGCUGCUGCAGACAGAGAAGGACUACAUCAAAGACCUGCAGAUGUGUGUCGAGGAGAUUAUUGAGCCACUGCAGCAGAAACAGGUAAAGAACGUGGACUUUGAUGGACUGUUUGGAAACAUCACUACAGUGAUUGACCUUUCACAGCGGCUCUGUGAUACCCUGCAUGACACAGACUCUAUUGGUAAGGUAUUUCUUGAUUAUAAGGCCGAGCUGGAGGAGGUCUAUAAAAUCUACUGCCAGAACCAUGAUGAUGCCAUCUCCUUGCUUGAGAGCUAUGAAAAAGACGAAACCAUCCAGCGCCACGUGUUGGAGUGUCUGGAGAGGCUGAGGGCCAUUUAUCGAGAGUGGGGAAAAACAAAUUACAUCAACCUCGGCUCUUUCUUGAUCAAGCCGGUGCAGCGGGUGAUGCGUUACCCGCUGCUGCUCAUGGAGCUGUUGGGGGCCACGCCUGAGAGCCACCAUGACCGGCCCCAGCUGACUCAGGCCCUGCAGGCCGUCAAGGAGAUCAACGUCAACAUCAAUGAGUACAAGCGCAGGAAAGAUCUGGUGGUGAAAUACAGGAAAGGAGACGAAGACACGUUUAUUGACAAGAUCUCCAAGCUGAGCAUGCACUCCAUUAUCAAGAAAUCCAACCGAGUCAGCAGCCACCUUAAGCACCUCACGGGAAUUUCACCCCAGGUUAAAGAUGAAGCAUUUGAUGAGGCUGAAAAGAAGUUCAGGCUGCAGGAAAGACUCAUUAAGUCUUUUAUUCGGGACAUUUCAUUGUACCUGCAGCAUAUAAGGGAAUCUGCCUCAGUCAAGGUCCUGGCAGCCAUUAGUUUCUGUGAUAUCUACACAGAGCGCAGUAUCCUGGACCCUGAGCGCUUCCAGAGGGCCCACCGCUGCAUCAGUGACAAGCAGUUUACAGAAUUCAAAGAACGCACAGAGGCCUUAGUCAUAAACCCCCUGACCCAGCUCCUCCUCAUGUUCGCCGGUCCACACAAACUCAUCCAAAAACGCUUCGAUAAGCUCUUGGACUACGAUAAUUGCAAGGAGCGCGCAGACCGCCUUAAAGACCGCCGCGUCCAGGACGAACUGCAGGUGGCGCGCAACACCUACGAGGCUCUGAACGCCCAACUCCUGGACGAGCUUCCAAAGUUCUACGUCACUGCAGAGGAGCUGUUUACGGGGUGUGUGAGGGCCUUUGCUCAGGCCCAGAAGGACUUCAUGAAGACCACACUCGGAGAACUUAAACCCCUCCUACAGUUUUCUAGCAAAGUUAGUACCGAGGGAAACCUAAUUGCAAAGUUCCAAGAAGAAUAUGGCCGAGUUCUCCAGCUUCUUCAGAGCUUUAGUUUCUGCCCAGAGAACCUGCCUCCUGCUGCCUCCACGAAGAAACCCUUCGAGAAGAAGACUCUGGAGAAGCAGACCUCUAAAAAGCAGCUUCAAGGACCUCCCAACUGCAUCUUGCAGACAGAUGAGCACCGAGCCGGGCUGAUGGCACGUUAUGGCCCUGAGAAACUGUUCCAGGCAGAGAGGAACUUCAACGCUGCCCAGGACCUGGAUGUUUCUAUACUGGAGGGAGAUCUUGUGGGUGUUAUCAAGCAACAGGACCCAAUGGGCAGCCAUAACCGGUGGCUAAUUGACAACGGAGUGACCAAGGGUUUUGUGUACAGCUCCUUCCUUAAACCGUACAACCCACGCCGAAGCCACUCAGAUGUGUCCAUUGAAAGUCAAUCCUCCAAUGAGUCGGGUUACGGAGGCUCCUCCCCUGUUUUCUCCCGCCAGAACAGCAACAGCACGCUGACCUUUAACCAGGAAACAGCCACCGUUAGUUUUUCCACAGCGCAGCCCCCAAGUCAUUCCUCGCCACACCCUUCAUUGGACUCUGCCUCGUCUCGUAGGAGUCACCACCGAGAUGCGCUUAACCCCGACUCCGCCAGUCAGAGCAACUCCAUAAACUCCUCUCCCCGCAACCACUCCAGAUUCCCAGACCAAGCGCACCGUAGUUCCCCCAGUCACAGAGACUCAGAGCCCUCCUACCGCCAUUCGGCCGAUCUCAGAGACUCCUACGACACCAGUCACGCAAGUCCGAGCGGCUACAAGGAGACCUCGGACCUAUCGGAAACGGACUCCUCACACAGUUCAUCGCACAGAAAUGGCCGAUCCCAGCGGUACGGACACACCGACAAAGCCUACAGCUCAUACCAGUGGAGGAACGGAGAGAGCAGUGGACAGAGGAAGUCUGCGUACCCCAGAGAUGAGUACAUCGAACCAGAGCCUGAACCUGAACACGAGGGCGACGUAGAUGGUCACCAGAUUUAUUAUGCUCUCUACUCAUUUGAUGCACGUUGCGCCAAUGAACUGAGCAUCUCGGCCAAUCAGAGGCUGCGGAUACUGGAAUUCCAGGACAUGAACGGCAACAGUGAAUGGUGGCUCGGGGAAGCAGGAGGCCGGCGAGGUUACGUGCCUUCAAACUACAUCCGCAAAUCAGAAUAUACAUGAACAUAUUAUAUCGGACUUCUGAGACUUUUUGGAAAGCUACACUGCGAGCACAGACGGAACAAAAAGGCAAACAUCUGCAUCAGCAUCUGAACACGGUGACUUAUUUUUGAGCUGUUGUCAUGAAGUUUGAUAGUGGAGAAGGCCUGACUAGUGCUGCUGAUUCUGCUCCUCAAAGUUAGCAUUAUAUGCUUAUAUUUAUAGAUUUUUUUAUAUUAUUUUUACUCCAUGGAUACUGCACCCGACCCUUUUCUGGUUUCCUGUGGAAAAAAAAAAUCCUGUGAAUUGCACCAGAAUUCUGCCAUAUUCUUUGGAGAAAAUGCAAUUUGUGUUUAAGAGAACAGUCUUGAAGGUUGGCACAUUGGGAGAUUGCAAUGGAAAUGUGAAUGUUUUGGUUUCAGAUCUUCAAACACAAUCAUCAAGUGGCAUGUGGACUUAACUUCAGUGCUGUAUUCAGUGACACCAUCUGCCUGUGGGUUGUUAGACCUCUACACACGAUACAUUAAAACUAUGAUAUUAUGAUAAACAGUCAAGAUUUGAAGCACUUAAGUGAUGAUCCACUGGUUGAGAAUUUGAAGUGUCUGUGGAACAAUCAACAAGAGCUUGGAGUGUUGUUUGAUAUUUACAUGGACCAUCUGAAUAAAAGCCAAGUAUACACACGAGUGGCAUAUGAAAUCCAGUUUACAUGCACUCCUAUGGAACUUAACCAGAGUGACGCUGUGUAAACAGGUGAUAACCCAUUUAACCUGUAAGGGGAGGUUAAUGAACAGGGAGAGAGAGACUGUGGUCUGAUCCAGACUCAGAUUUCUCCAUAUACUCCAUGUACAUUCUAUAUAGUGCUGUAUACUGAGAAAAUGAUAUUGCACCCACUGUAAAGUGAUCACUGUUUGAAUAAAAAAACCAGCCUGGCUGAUACGUAACAA